GCGCUUACUCCGAGAUUGCACGCGAUAUCGAAGGUCAUGGUUAAAGCGUCUCGAUACCAGAGCGGUAGACUGGCCGCGCUGGCGUCGCCGAGGCACCCUUGACGUAGUUACGUUCUUUGCCUUUGGCUUCGUGUUAGCGUGCGUCGGCUCAUCGGAGUAGUGCAGCUCCCACGUGCACCAACGGGAUUUCUCCGCCGCCGACUGCUUCAAUUGCGAGAGCACCGACUAACAAAACUGCUGCAAUAUGCGUUGCAGAAAGGACGCGAGUUCGACGGGCGAAUGUCGUGCCUUGGUGGAGCGAGAGCAGCGCCUGCGAGACAGAGGCCAGCGGGACGCACGCGUUUGCGGAUCAGGCUACGAACCUGUACCUCCCGUGUUGCUGAAGCGCAGUGUGUGUUAUGUAUGCAUGAGCACAGGCGUCGGCUACCCUUUACUAGAAAGCGCACACCGUGCCGUUUCUCUCCUCAAUUGACGACGCUUUGAAGAAGUGCAUACCGGUGUUCCGCGACUGCGAUGAGCCCGUCGAUUAUGGUCUCUGUGCAGCCGCUCCAAAUAACGGCCUACAGCGAGAAUAUCUCCUCAUCGAGUCCUUCGAACGAGGACGCCGACUCCUGGCUUCCACAACAGACGUCACCCCGUCCGGCCAUGCUGCACCAGUCUCCGCAAUCUACACAGACCCAGAUGCCGCCCUCGACGGGCACCACAACGGCGCCGUCGGCAGCGGCGCAACCUUAUAUGCCGAAGACCUACCCUCCCGGUCGACGGAUUGUGUACGACCAGCUGAACCCGAACACACCGCCCAUAUAUCCGUGCGGCUUGUGCCACAAGGCGGUGGAACACAACGACCGGGCGAUCCUGUGCGAGAUGGGGUGCAAGUUCUGGUUCCACCGCGUCUGCAGCGGCCUCACGGACGACGCGUUCGAUUUGCUCACGCACGAGGUGGACACCGAGUGGGUAUGCAGCCGGUGCGCUUCGUCCAUGAACAGACCGCUCGCCUUAUUCAAACUGUGAUGCGUGGUGCGGAAUGGACAGCCUGCGACUUGGCGGACUUUGCGCGUAACGAAGACUCGAUUUUAUGCGAAUGUUAUAAGAAAUCGGCUAUAGUACCGACGAUAAACUUUAUUCGACUACCUGACAGACGCAACGAUUCCUGCGUGACGUUUUGUGACAACGAUUAAAAAAUCUGCAACUAUAUAUCGUUCGUGCCCGUGACUAAUUCAAAUUGGAACCACUCUUUUUCUCAGAGGAAAACAUACGUCCAGUGGUUGUGUAACACAUAUAGGUUCGUCUUGGUGCUCUAUGGCCAUUGUAGCUUUCGGACCACAAAACUUUAGCAAUGCUGUCUGCGAACAUGGUAUGCAUCCGAUGUUG